AUGAUGGGGGUUCUUCAAGAUAUUCUUGAUAAAAUGUAUGUAGAGCCUGAAUUAUUAGCUGGUCUUAAUGACAUUGAUAAACAAAGAUUAUUCAAGCAAAUGAGAGAGGAACAAGUACGUAGGUAUAAUGAAAAUGAAUUACUAUACGAAAAAUUGAUAAGAGAAGGUGUAAUUAAAAAAGAUCCAUCAUCGAAGCGAGUUCAAUGGAAAAAUAGAGAAGAUGGUGAUGUUUAUACAUAUAUAUUUGGCGAAGAUGAACCAGAAAGAAAGUUACAUGAGGAUGAAGAUUAUAAAAAUCAUGAUAUAAAUAUACAUGAAAAAGAAUUAAUGUUUGAUAAAUUAUUAAAAUUUAACAAUAAUGAAAGUGAAAAUUUAAAUGAAGAACAGUUAAAAAAACAAUUAGGUGAAAUGGAAAUAAGUCCUGAAUUUGUUAAAGAAUAUAAUCCACAAAAUCAAUUUUCUGUUCAAAAAGCUUCACAAUUAUUAUUUGGUAUACCUAAUGUUAAUGGAAAAGUUGCAGCUGCAAAAUUAGCAUUUGAAAAUAAUAAUAGGCAAUCGCAAUCAAUGUUUUAUGAUAAUCCUUAUAAUGGACAAAUUAAUAAUUCUACAAAUAAUGAUAAAACAAAAUCAUCCUUAUCUAAUAAUAAAACAAUUAUCCCAGUUACAGAAAUACUUACAACACCUAAUGUAUCAUUAGAAGAUAAUUCAAUUGGUGUAAAAGAUCUUCUUAAUCAAUUUGAAAAUUUACCUUAUCAAAAUGGGCAUUCUUCUAGUAGUAAAAGUUUAAAUAAUAUGUCGUCAUCUACGCCGCAAAAUAUGUCACAAUCAUUUCCAGUUUCGAAUGGUCAAAUACCUAUUGUAAGUACAAAUUCGAUUGUUGCAAAUGCUAAAGCAAAACUUUAUAUACAUGAACCAGAAUUAAAAAACCGCCAAAAUGUAAUAUUAGAAAAAUUAAAAGAAGAAAGGCAGCGAUUAAGAAAUGAAUCGAUUAGUGAUAAUGAGAAACAAAUUAAAGAAUAUGAUGAUGAUAUUGAUAAUAUUAAACAAACAGAAAAAAAAAUUAAAGAAAUUGCUGCUAAAGCUCGUGAAGCACAUAGAAAACAAGAAUUAAGAACAUCUUCACCAUUAUUAAAUAUUGUCAAUGGUUUUGAUAAAAAUAUAACAUUUAAAGAAGCUAUUAAAAAGAUACCACGUCCACCAAAACCAGAAAAUAGAAAUGCUAUAAUAAAAUGGUUUAAAGAAAAAGAAAUUCCUGUAGGAGCAGGUAUUGAUCCAUCUACAAAAUAUCCUUCAAUAUGGUUUCAUGGUAUUAUAUCUCGUGAUACAGCAGAAAAAUUGUUAUCAAAAACAAUGUGUGGUUCAUUUUUAGUUCGGGUAUCUGAACGUAUAUGGGGAUAUACAGUAUCAUAUUCUUUUGGUGAUGGUACAUAUAAACAUUUCUUAAUUGAAAGAAUAAAUCAAGGAUAUCAAUUUUUAGGUACAAAUCAAAUUGUACAUUAUAGUUUAAAUGAUUUAGUUAAACAUCAUUUCACUUCACCAGUGACAUUUAAUGGCAAUGAAAUAUUUAAAUAUCCUAUUGGACAGAAUAGCAAAAUACCUGAUUAUUUUGAAUUGUUUGAUGGCAUUAAAUAUUAUAAAUAA